AUGGGUUUGCCAUUACAACAGUCUGUGACAUUCAGGGAUGUGGCCGUGUCCUUCAGCCGGGAUGAGUGGCUGUGCCUGGACUCCACACAGAGAACCUUGUACCGGGAGGUGAUGAUGGAGAACUUCAACAUCCCGAUCUCUCUGGAAUAUGGAAAAACAUUUAAAGGUAGUUCAUCCCUUAACAAUCACCAGCGAAUUCAUACUGGAGAAAAACCCUAUAAGUGUAAUGAAUGUGAGAGAGCCUUUAGCCAGUGCUCAUCACUUAUUCAACAUCAUAGAAUUCAUACUGGAGAGAAACCAUAUGAAUGUAGUCAGUGUGGGAAAUCCUUUACUUCCAUAUCACAGCUAAGUAGACACCAUAGAAUUCAUACUGGAGAGAAACCCUUUAAUUGUUAUGAGUGUGGUAAAGUGUUCAGUUACCACUCAGCUCUUAUUAUACAUCAGAGAAUUCACACAGGUGAAAAACCUUAUUCAUGUAAAGAAUGUGUGAAAGCCUUCAGCCAAAGCUCAGCUCUUAUACAACAUCAUAGAAUUCAUACUGGAGAAAAGCCCUACAAAUGUAAUCAAUGUGGAAAAAGUUUCUCCUGAGUUUCACGGCUUAAUAUACAUAAUAGAACCCAUACUGGAGAGAAACCAUAUAAUUGUAAAGAAUGUGGAAAAGCCUUCAGUUCCCACUCAGCAGUUAAUACUCAUCGAAAAAUUCACACUGGAGAGAAACCUUAUAAAUGUAAUGACUGUGAAAAGGCCUUCAACCAAAGCUCAGCCCUAAUUCAGCACUAGAGAAUUCAUACUGGAGAGAAACCAUUUGAUUGUAAAGUGUGUAGAAAAGCUUUCAGACAAAGUUCAUCAUUUAUGACACAUAUGAGAAUUCAUACAGGAGAAAAGCCUUAUAAAUGUAAGGAAUGUGGAAAAGCUUAGAGCUCAUCCCUUACUAAUCAUCAGAGAACUCACACUGGAGAAAAACUAUAGGCCUGUGGAAAAUCUUCCAAUUGAAGUUCAUUUCAUUCUGAAUAUCAGAGUUCACACUGGAGAGAAAGUGGUAAAAAGUACUUAAACUUCAGAAUUUAGACCUCAUCAAAUAUCAGAGAUUUCAUAAUGCAGGAUAACCAUAGGAAUAUUAAGAAAGCAUCUAUAAAAAUAUUUUUUCAUAUGUUCCUAAUUUAUUAUUGACUAUGAAAAAGAGGAUUUGUAACAUCAAAGGGUCACUAUUUCUUUUUCUUUUGGUGAUAACAGCCACCACUUUCACAAGCAUCAUUGGGAAACAUGUUGACAUAUAUAAAAAUGCAGCCAGAAAAUAUAAAUUUCAGAUUAAUUUGGGAUUUUUUAUUGGAAAUUAUAUGAAAGUGUUAUAUAAGUAAGUUGUACUACCAGGUAUACUGGUUAAUAAUGCAGAUUUUUUUUAAUAGAUGGAGUUACACAUAUGUUGUUAUAUAUGUAGUUUGAUAUGUAUGCUGUUGUAUUAACAGCAAGCUUCAAAACUUCAUAUGUUAAGUUUUCUGAAGGUGUUAACAUCAUAGACAUUUUUCCAU